ACAAAACCAAUUGAAAGAUCGUUUCUUUUUUGUUUUUGCUUCUCUGGGUAACGGCAAAAUUGCUAAAAUUUGUGCUUAUUUUGAAAAAGAUUGAAUCCUUAGGGUUAGGGUUAGGGUUUUCGAUUUCUCUAUUGGGAACUUAAUCUGCAUCGAUUGCUUUACUUUUCGAUCUUGUUGUUUAAUUCAUCAAUUGGGCUUUAAUGAUGGAUCUAGAGACGGAAAAUAGAAUAGCUACAAUUCUUCUAAGAGAAGCUGCAGAAUUACGACGUCAAGCCGAGAAGGAAGGUGUUCAUGUUUAUCUUCAAAAACCUACAGUAAGGGGACGACCAAAUUCACGGUUCCUUACUGCUACUGUUCGUGGGGUGCAGCAAGCAAAUCGAGCAGUAGAAGUUGAUGAGAUGUGGCGGGCCCGGCAGAAAGAGCUCGAGUUAGAUGAUAGACAAAAAGGACCAAGACAUGAGAAUACACAUCUCCCUAGAAGCACAAGUAAAAGACAUGCUGAAAAUGGUUGCAGCAGUAGUAUUUCUUGCUCGUCAAGCGUUAAAGCAUCCGGGAACUUAUAUUCCAGAGAUGAUGAAGGCUUAAAAGAUGACGAAGUCGAGAAUUUUUUGCAUUCAAGGGUGAAGCGUGGACGAGGUGCAGUAGGUUCUAGGAUGGAUGAAACAGGUCCUUAUCUCCCUUCUUCCCUGGAAUCCAUGGAAAAACGAUCCACUUUGGACUUACGAAAGCAUCAUGUCAUUCUGGGUCCGGAUAAGCUCUCUUCAUCGAACUUUUACGGAUCUUCUGAAGAGGAGCUCGACAACGAUAGACGAAAGAAGGCAAAGAAAGUUCGCUCGGGGAGUUCCGAUAAGCACUCUAAGAAGCACAAAACGAAGGAAAGAUCUCGGGACAAGAAAAAGAAUAGGAAGGAGAAAAGAAGCAAGCACUAGUUUAGUUUCUGUGUGCUCUUGUUGUCUGAAAGGUAAUUCACAAAUUGGUUGAGGUGAAUUUGUACAAUUAUGGUUGUUCUGUAUAGAGAUGAAAUAACUAAUUUAAAGCAUUUUAAGUGCAGUGAAAAAUUACUAGUUAAAGCA